AGCUCGCGGCCGCGAAGUCCUGGAGCUGAGCGCCCAGACCGCACCGGCGAGUCCCGCCGAGCAGGUGCGGGGCGGCGGCCGGGUCCUCGCACUUGGAGGACCGAUGUGCCCGGGUGUCGGGACGCGUGGACCUGAGCUCGGGUGAAGCUCUGGGAAAGGGUCACACGGCAGCGACGAAAUGCAAGCGGAGGAGCCCGGCGCCCCUGAGGUCUCGGGUGCCCAGGGAAGCCAGCGGACACCCAGCCCCGAGCCGCGCCUGUCCAGCCAACUGCUGCCUGAGCUAUACACCUUUGUGGCUCGAGUGCUGUUCUACUUGGCGCCCGUCUACCUUGCCGGCUACCUGGGGCUCAGCAUAACUUGGCUGCUGCUCGGCGCUCUGCUGUGGAUGUGGUGGCGCAGGAACCGCCGCGGGAAGCUGGGGCGUCUGGCCGCCGCAUUCGAAUUCCUAGACAACGAACGCCAGUUCAUUAGCCGCGAACUACGGGGCCAGCACCUGCCGGCCUGGAUCCACUUCCCAGAUGUGGAGCGGGUCGAGUGGGCCAACAAGAUCAUCUCGCAGAUCUGGCCCUACCUGAGCAUGAUCAUGGAGAGCAAGUUCCGGGAGAAACUCGAGCCCAAGAUCCGGGAGAAGAGCAUCCACCUGAAGACCUUCACCUUCACCAAGCUCUACUUUGGACAGAAGUGCCCCAGGGUCAACGGUGUCAAGGCGCACACUAACAAGCGCAACCGGAGGCAGGUGGUCCUGGACCUGCAGAUAUGCUACAUCGGGGACUGUGAGAUCAGUGCGGAGCUGCAGAAGAUGCAGGCUGGCGUGAACGGGAUCCAGUUGCAGGGCACACUGCGGAUCAUCCUGGAGCCCCUGCUGGUGGACAAGCCCUUUGUGGGAGCCGUGACCGUGUUCUUCCUUCAGAAGCCACAUCUGCAGAUCAACUGGACGGGCCUGACCAACCUGCUGGACGCGCCGGGAAUCAAUGAGGUGUCAGACAGCCUGCUGGAGGACCUCAUCGCCGCCCACCUGGUGCUGCCCAACCGCGUGACUGUGCCUGUGAAGAAGGGGCUGGAUGUCACCAACCUGCUCUUUCCUCUGCCCUGCGGAGUGACCAGAGUCCACUUGCUGGAGGCAGAGAAGCUGGCCCAGAAGGACGGCUUCCUGGGGAUCCGAGGCAAGUCAGACCCCUAUGCCAAGGUGAGCAUUGGCCUGCAGCAUUUCCGGAGCAGGACCAUCUACAAGAACCUGAACCCCACCUGGAACGAGAUAUUUGAGUUUAUAGUGUACGAAGUCCCUGGGCAGGACCUGGAGGUGGACCUGUAUGACGAGGAUCCUGACAGGGACGACUUCCUGGGCAGCCUGCAGAUCUGCCUUGGGGACGUCAUGACGAACAGAGUGGUGGAUGAGUGGUUUGUCCUGAACGACACAACCAGCGGACGGCUGCACCUGCGGCUGGAGUGGCUUUCACUCAUGGCCAGCCCGGAAGCUCUGACCGAGGACCAAGGUGGCCUCUCAACUGCCAUCCUCAUGGUCUUCUUGGAGAGUGCCUGCAACCUGCCGACAAACCCUUUUGACUACCUGAAUGGCGAAUAUCGAGCCAAAAAACUCUCUAGGUGUACCAAGAAUAAAGUGAGCAGAGACCCUUCCUCCUAUGUCAAGCUCUCUGUAGGCAAGAAGACGCACGUGAGCAAGACUUGUCCCCACACCAAAGACCCCGUGUGGAGCCAGGCGUUCUCCUUCUUUGUGUGCAACGUGGCAACCGAGGAGCUGCGUCUGAAGGUGCUUGAUGACGACCAGGAGUGUGCUCUGGGGGUGCUGGAGCUCCCCUUGUGCCAGAUUCUACCCUAUACGGACCUCACCCUUGAGCAGCGCUUUCAGCUGGACCACUCAGGCCUGGACAGCCUCAUCUCCAUGAGGCUAGUGCUUCGGUUCCUGCGUGUGGAAGAACGGGAGAUGGGGAGCCCAUACACGGGACCUGAAGCCCUAAAGAAAGGUCCUCUGCUCAUUAAGAAGGUGGACACCAGCCAGGACCCCAAAGCCCCAUCCCAGGGACAGGGCCCUGAAAAUUUGCCAUGCCCCCUAGACCCUGAUUCUGGCCCCAAGGAAGCCUCCAAGAGCACCAUGACAACCACCAGUGCCACUACUGUUGCCACCGAGCCCACACCCCAAGAGACAGGCCCAGAGCCCAAAGGCAAGGACACUGCCAAAGGGUCCUGUGACUCCACGGGGAAGAAGAAGAGUUCAACCACCAUCUUCCUGACUGUCCCAGGCCCACACUCUCCGGGGCCCCUCAAGUCACCCAGACCCAGGAAAUGCCCUGGCUCCCCAUUUGCAUGGCCGCCCAAGAGGCUGGCUCCCAGCAUGUCCUCGCUCAACUCCCUGGCUUCCUCCUGCUUUGACCUGACAGAUACCAGCCUCAACACUGACAGGACAUGCUUCUGGCAGCGGAGGCUGGGGGAGAUCCGGCUCACCGUGCGCUACGUGUGUCUGCGGCGCUGCCUCAGCGUGCUCAUCAACGGCUGCAGAAACCUGACCCCCUGCACCAGCAGGGGAGCUGACCCAUAUGUCCGGGUCUACUUGCUGCCAGAAAGGAGGUGGGUGUCCCGUAAGAAGACCUCAGUAAAAAGGAAGACCCUGGAACCUCUCUUUGAUGAGACAUUUGAAUUUUUUGUUCCCAUGGAAGAAGUAAAGAAGAGGUCACUAGAUGUCGCAGUGAAAAACAGCAGGCCGCUCGGCUCACACAGAAGGAAGGAACUAGGAAAAGUACUGAUUGACUUAUCAAAAGAGGAUCUGAUUAAGGGCUUCUCACAGUGGUAUGAGCUGACUCCAGAUGGACAGCCCCGGAGUUGACGAACGCCCUUACCACCUUUCUGUUAAAAUGUGUACAUUUGUAUAUUUUGUAAUUUAAAUCAGAAAGGCCAUUGAAAAAUAUAUACAUACAUUUUUGUGUGAAAUUUAAGUGCCUGACUGGAUGAUACUGGGAAGAGGUAAACAUAUGUAAAAGCAAGAACUACUCUCUCUUGGUUGGAUUUAAGUGUUCAAAUCCCAAAAGAAAUGGGGUAUUCAUGCCUAAUAAA